AUGCCCCGUAGAGAGACUGAGAAAGAGAAUUCUGCUGAUAAAAACGGUGCGGAAGUUGGCGUACCGCCUGCAGCAAUAGAUGAAAAUACAGGAAAGGAAAAUGAUCCUUUAGAAGAGAAUGGUGAUGAGCUUUCUAGUUCAGAAAGUGAGUUUGUAAAUGGAGAAUCGGACCGCGAAAAGAAGAAGGGUCUAUCUCAAACCAAGAACCGACAACAACGUGUCACCAGGACCAAAACAAGAAAAACAGCGUCUCAACAAAAGAAUGAAGAAGAAACUGCAUCACAUCAGGGUGACGAAGAUGACAAAGAAGCGUCGAGUUUAAUGAACAGUUGUAAGUCGGCUGUUAUCCCCAUCAUCAUUUUCUUUUUGGUUAUUGUCGUUGCUAUCUCUAUCCCUCCUCCUCCUCCUUACCCUCCCCCUAUUUCGCCGGGUUUCAACUUUACUAAGAUCUUUGCAAAUAAGAUCGUGGAACUUCAGUCUUCUUUCACUAACCAAACUGACAGGUUCUGGCGGAUCAUAAAGAACCGUGGUUUGGCACAUCUCAGAAAUGCCAGUCCCCCUCAGCCACUUGUAUUGUUACUAGCUGCACCCCCAGCUGCUCACAGCGCUGUGGACUGCUUUGCCAAGAAGCUUGCAGAGGGGUUAGAUCCAGAACACAGGAGAAUGUUAGCAACAAUUGAUGGAAGAGAGGAAAGGAGCUUACCUGGUGAGAAAGCCAAGAAAGAGAUAGAUGAAUUUCUAAUGAAAAGGUUUAAGGAAGGCCACAGAGUAGCACUUGUUCAUCAACUUGAGCUCCUCCCCUUACCAGCACCCCUGUUGUUUCACUCAUAUUGCGAUGAUCACAAUGCACCGUAUAAACACGUGGCAAUCAUCUUCACUGUACACUUGCCUCUAGAGCCAGAUGCUUCUUUAGAACCCAAAGAGGCAGAGAGAGCAGUUGAGAAGUACCUCGCUGACGAAGUUUGGGCAAAAGAAAAUAAGGAUGCAAUAGCUGAUCUUUUGAUCCGAGUUACAGACACAGUGGCUCUUAUGAAUGGUGAACCUAGUAGUUCAGCUACUUGUUAA